AUGAUGCACCCUGAAAGCUUUGGUCAUUCAGUUUUUAAAGAUUCAUUCAAACGUGUCUUUGAGAAAGGAGAAGAGUCUCUUGGUCUUGCUCAUAAUGGCACACUUGAUAUUACAUGUUCAAAGGAUAUCAAGAUUCAGGGGAUAAUAGGACCUUGCACAUCCUUGGAUAAGAAAGGACCUACUUUGUAUAUACAAACCACCACAAGAUACGAGAGUGUUGAUGGGCAACCGAAACUACGAGUUACUACAAUAACUAGAAGAUGGGUAGAGAGUGUUGUUGUUUCAGAGGAAUUAAUGCAAGUUUUUGUUACAUUUCAGUUUUUUUGCACCCAUGGAACCACUCAAGCUUUUAACAACUCCAAAUCUCACACCACCACAAUAAAAAACCCAUGGCAAGAGGUUGUAAGCAUAAAGGCCGUUGGUAUUGCAAUAGAGCUUAUUUUAGAGGGAAUCAAUCAGAUUUCAUAUCCUCAAACUUGGGUAUUUGUUACUGUUGCUGUGUUAUGUGUGAUUACACAGUUGAGUUAUCUUAACAAGGCUUUUGAUACAUUCAAUACAACAAUUGUUUCCCCAAUAUAUUAUGUGAUAUUCACUUCACUAACAAUCAUUGCAAGUAUGAAUGGUUGUGUGACACAAGCUUUUAAGUCAACUGAAGAAGACAGACACCUAGCAAUCAACCUUGAAAAAAAAGAACAAUGGGAAGAUGCGGAUUAUUUAAAGCUAAUCAAGUUAACUUGGGGUGAAUUAGGCAUAACUCAGAAGAUGCAUGAUGCUUUAUAUAUGGAUGUGUGCUUUUCCAACAGGUAA